GCGCACGCACUGGAACAACAAACCCCAGAGAAUGGAGCCCGGGGAGGGGGCGGGGCCAGGCAGCGCGCGUGGAGCUUGUGCCCAUUGAAAAGGCGGCGGCGGCCGGGCGACCCCAGCACUCAGUGCAGCCAGCCAGGGAACGUGCGGGACAGAGCGCGGGGCUCGCCUCUCACACAGCCGCCGCCUCUGCCUCACCCCGCACAGCAGCCAGCGCCACACGCGAGCGACACGAGUCUCCCUGACUGCCCAGCCAGAUGGACGCCACUGCCAAGGCGGAGAUCGGUCCCGUCCAGCACUUCCUGCAGCCAGCCUGCUACUAUGCACAGAGCCUGCAGCUCAGCCCGCCAGACGGGCAGCAGUCCGGUGGCAAGUCCGGUCCCAAGCAGGCGAAGAGGCAGCGCUCCACGUCCCCGGAGCUGAUGCGAUGCAAGAGGAGGCUCAACUUCACCGGCUUCGGGUACAGCCUCCCCCAGCAGCAGCCGGCGGCCGUGGCCAGGAGGAACGAGCGAGAGAGGAACCGGGUGAAGCUGGUGAACCUGGGCUUCGCCACCCUGCGGGAGCACGUCCCCAACGGGGCUGCCAACAAGAAGAUGAGCAAGGUGGAGACCCUGCGCUCCGCGGUGGAGUACAUCCGGGCGCUGCAGCAGCUGCUGGAUGAGCACGAUGCGGUCAGUGCUGCCUUCCAGUCCGGGGUGCUGUCACCCACCAUCUCCCCAAACUACUGCCAUGACAUGAACUCUAUGGCCGGCUCCCCCGUCUCGUCCUACUCGUCAGAUGAAGGCUCCUACGAUCCCCUGAGCCCAGAGGAGCAGGACCUGCUGGACUUCACCACCUGGUUCUGAGCUGCUGCGAGAUGCAGGCCUGCUGCCCAGCCUGCAGUGUCACCUUACUGCCCAGAGAGAGUGGAGCACACAGGAGCUGCCAGCCUGUCCAGGAGCACUGAAGCACUACAUUGCACUCCAGCGGCGUCCACAGGAUGAGCAGAGACUCCAACCUGUGGAACACGGGUGCUGAAGCACACGGCACAAUGCUCACGCAUGGAAGAGAGAUUUCUGGUCCAGAAGAUCCUAAACCUCACCCAGGGCUUCCCCAAAAGUCUACACCUAGCCCUCACUAACACGGAAGGAUGAUGUUAGUUUCUGGAUGGUCGUUUGUGGAGUUUGUAUUCAGACUAUGCUGAAAGCACCCCUUCAGAACACUUCUACUAUUUUUAUACCACUUCAUCUUAAAAACAAAAUGCUUCCAAUCUUUUUGUGAUAAUUUUUUUUUAUUAUAAAAAUCUAUUUCUAUCUAACCCAUAUGUUUGGGAUGUAUUAAGCUAUUUUUGUAUAUAAGAGAGAGAUUUAUAGAGGUUUUGUACAAAUGUUAUAAAAAUGUGUAUAUCUUGAUACAUUAUAAUGUAAUGCUUAUUACCUCUGCGUAUUUAGACUUGUAGUCUAUAUAUUUCAGCGACAGUCAGCCUUGGGAACUCUUGCUGAUGCUGAAAUGCAUCUUAAGAUUGGAUGAGCAUCUUGGGUCAUGUAGUUCAGCAACAGCUGGAGCACUGAGUCUGCCCAUCCCUGCUAUAAUUACCUUGCAACAGCCAUUUUGUAUGUGGUUUUGUGAAAGGACACUCCUUAAAGGUGGGGUUGGAAUUCCUACAGAUGUACUUUAGCACCAAUGUGUCUUACUUUAUAGGAACUUUGAUAAUGUAUUAAUUGUGUUAUUAAACAAUGUUCACAGUGAACAGAGUUUAUGCAGCUAUUGUCCAAACACAAAAUAGUGGUCCACUGUUUCUAUGCUGCCUUUUGGAACCUUACACCACUGCCUUUUCUUACUGUUUUAUUACAAACUUACAAAGGUUCUGCAUAACAAAUGUGUUUUUUUACACACUAGUUUCAUAAUAAA